GGUCCUGGUCCGGAGAGGGGCUCGCUGGCUGAUUAUGCGCCUGGCUCGGUGGCGGACGGGCAGAGAGCGGACGCAGUUCACCGGUCCCGUGCAGGUUAGACGGUGUGCGACACGCAGCCGCCAUGAGCAAGAUCGUGGAAUGCGUUCCGAACUUCUCCGAGGGGCGGGACCAGAAGGUCAUCGACGCCAUCUCGUCAGCCAUCUCGGGCACCGCCGGCGUCACUCUGCUGGACGUGGAUCCAGGCCGCUCCACCAACCGCACCGUGGUCACGUUCGUGGGCGACCCGCAGUCGGUGGUGGAGGGGGCGCUGAACGGGGCGCGCGCCGCCGCCCGGCUCAUCGACAUGACACGGCACAAAGGUAAACACCCGCGGAUGGGAGCCCUGGACGUGUGCCCUUUCAUCCCGGUCAGAGGAGUGACUGAGGACGAGUGCAUCCAGUGUUCCAAACGAUUCGGUGAGCGGCUGGCCGCAGAGCUGGGCGUGCCGGUGUUCCUGUACGGAGCGGCCUGCAGCCGCGGCGAGUACCGGCGCACCAUGCCGCAGAUCCGCGCCGGGGAGUACGAGGCUCUCUCUGACCGACUGCAGGACGAGCGGUGGGCGCCCGACUUCGGGCCCGCCCAGUUCGUACCGAAAUGGGGCGCCACCGUCACCGGCGUCCGAAAGUUCCUCAUCGCGUACAAUGUCAACAUCCUCGGCACCAAGGAGCAGGCGCACAGGAUCGCGCUGAACAUCCGUGAGGGAGGUCGCGGGCCGAGCUCGCCCGGCCGUCUGCGCUGCUGCCAGGCCAUCGGCUGGUAUCUAGAUGAGGCCGACAUUGCCCAGGUCUCCAUCAACCUGACCGACUAUCAGGUCACACCGCUGCACGUCGCCUUCGAGGAGUGUAAGACGGACGCGGCGGCGCUGAAGCUGGCCGUGGCCGGCUCGGAGGUGGUCGGCCUACUCCCCCUGGACGCUCUCCUACAGGCUGCCGACUUCUACAUACAGCGGGAGAACCUGUUUAUCCUGGAGGAGCGGCAGAAGGUCCGGCUGGCCGUGGAGCGGCUCGGUCUCAGCUCAGUCUCUCCGUUCGACCCAGAUAAACGGAUCAUCGAGUACUGCCUUCCGCCGGCGAGCGGCGGCCGGCUGGCCGCCCUGCCAGUUUCCCAGUUUGUCCGAGAGGUGGCAGCACGCAGCGCCGCUCCAGGGGGCGGCUCGGUCGCCGCCCUCUGCGCAGCUCUGGGGGCGGGUCUGGCCAGCAUGGUCGGUAAGAUGACGUACGGAAAGCGCCAGUGGGAGCACCUGGAUGCCGACAUGCGCCGGCUCAUCCCCGUGUUCCAUCACGAGGUCGACCAGCUGGUGAGGGCCGUGGACGACGACACGGACGCUUUCGGCGACUACAUGGCGGCGCUGAAGCUGCCGCGCUCCACCGAGGCGGAGGCUGCCGCUCGCCAGGCGGCGCUGCAGGCGGGUCUCCGCUCAGCAGUUGCCGUGCCACUGGGCCUGCAGCGGCGCGUGGACCGGCUCUGGGAGCCGCUCUCCGAGCUGGCGCCGCUCGGCAACAUCGCCACCAAAUCGGACCUGCAGGUAGCGGCGCGGUGUCUGGAGACCGCCUCCUGGGGCGCCUUCCACAACGUCUCCAUCAACCUGAAGGAGAUCGAGGACGCUGCGUUCCGGGAGCAGACGCUGCAGGAGACGCGUCAGCUGGCCGACCGGGCCACCGCGCAGAGUCGACAGGUGCUCGACACGCUGGAGAAGCGCAGCGAGUGACCUGGCCUGGGUCAGCCAGCGGGCCGAGUGAUCUGACCUGGGUCAGCCAGCGGGCCGACUGACCUGGCCUGGGUCAGCCAGCAGGCCGACUGACCUGACCUGGGUCAGCUAGCGGACCGAGUGACCCGUGACCUGACCUGGGUCAGACAGUGGGCUGAGUGACCCGUGACCUGACCUGGGUCACAAUAACCCUCCGGUGCUAGUGACCUGACCUGAUCUGGGUCAGCCAGCUGACCGAGGGGCUCCGUGACCUGACCUGGGUCAGUCAGUGGCCUGAGUGACCCCAUGAUUUAACUUGGGUCAGCCAGCGGUCCGGUAUCCUCAGAAUACACUGCCACUGGGUGUUUAGGUCAGGUUCAGCUCAGUCGGGUCUGAUCAGGUGCCCUCACGUGUCGUACAUCAUAAAACAGCGGACUGAGUAACCCUGUGACCUGGCCCUGGGUUGGCCGGCGGUACUCGAACGCUGAUCUAAGACGACGAUCGCUUCGAGCGGUGGGCCGAUCCUCUACGGUAUGGGCUAGAUCGUGUUAAAUAUUUUCUUGCUUACAUUAUGUAUUCAGAGUGGAAUUCGGUGAAGAGUAUGGGCUGAAAUGUGGAGCACCAGGGCGGCGCAUUUAUACCGAGUGCAUUUAUGGAGUGUGCGUUCAAUACAAAAUGCGAGUCGGGGAGAUCAAA